ACCCUCAUCUGCAUAAACCCACCCCUAUUUGAGGUCUACCAGACGCUGCUGAGCCCCACCCAGCAUCAUGUGGCCCUGGUCGGCACCAAGGGGCUCAUGGUGCUGGAGCUGCCCAAGCGCUGGGGGAAGAAUGCUGAGUUUGAAGGUGGGAAAUCCACGGUGAACUGCAGCACUAUUCCUGUUGCAGAAAGGUUCUUCACCAGCUCAACAUCUCUGACUCUGAAGCAUGCUGCCUGGUACCCCUGUGAGACAGUAGAGCCCCACAUUGUGCUCUUGACUUCAGAUAAUACUAUAAGGUUUUACAGCCUGAAGGUGCCUCAGACUCCCACCAAAGUGAUUGCUCUUUCAGACACAGAGGAGGAGACUCUGACAAUCAAGAAAGGGAGAGCCUACACAGCAUCCCUGGGAGAAACAGCCGUGGCCUUUGAUUUUGGCCCCCUGGUGUCCGUCCCCAGGAGCGCGGCGGGACAGCGAGGGAGCGAGGAGGUGCUGGCCUACCCACUGUACAUCCUGUAUGAAAACGGAGAGACAUUCCUCACCUACACCAGCCUGCUGCACAGCACUGGAAAUCUUGAUAAGCUGCUUGGCCCCCUGCCCAUGCACCCUGCUGCAGAAGACAACUAUGGCUAUGAUGCCUGUGCUGUCCUGUGCCUGCCUUGUGUUCCAAACAUCCUGGUGAUUGCCACCGAGUCGGGAAUGCUGUAUCACUGUGUGGUGCUGGAUGGAGAAGAGGAUGAUGAGCAGUCAGAAAAGUCAUGGGACCCCAGAUCUGACCUGAUUCCCUCCCUGUAUGUGUUUGAAUGUGUUGAGCUGGAACUCGCACUGAAAUUGGCCUCAGGAGAGGAGGAGGAGCCCUGGGAGUCUGAUUUCUCUUGCCCAAUCAGGCUCCAUCGAGAUCCAAAAUGUCCCUCUCGUUACCACUGCACACACGAAGCUGGUGUCCACAGUGUGGGGCUGCCCUGGAUCAACAAACUGCACAAGUUCCUGGGUUCAGAUGAAGAAGACAAAGACAGUUUACAGGAGUUGGGAGCAGAGCAGAAGUGCUUUGUUGAACAUAUUCUUUGUACAAAACCAUUGCCAUGCAGACAACCUGCUCCCAUCAGAGGAUUUUGGAUUGUUUCUGACAUCCUGGGGCCCACCAUGAUCUGCAUCACAAACACCUAUGAGUGCAUUACAAGGCCUCUCUUGAGCACAGUCCAUCCUGCAUCCCCUCCCCUGCUGUGCACCAGAGAAGACCCAGACGUGGGUGUGUCCCCCCUGCGGAUCCUGGCCGAGUCCCAACACUCCUUCGAGAAGCACAUCCGGGGCGUCCUGCAGCGCGGCGCUGCCAACCCCUGCCUGCUCAAGUCUGCUGACAAGGAUGCUGCUCCUCCCCCUGAAGAAUGCCUUCAGCUUCUUAGCAGAGCCACCCAGGUGUUCAGAGAGGAGUACAUUCUGAAACAGGACCUGGCAAAAGAGGAAAUCCAGCAAAGAGUGAAGCUGCUGAGGGAACAGAAAAAGAAACAACUGGAAGAUCUUAACUACUGCCGAGAGGAAAGGAAAAGCUUGCGGGAGAUGGCAGAGCGCCUGGCUGACAAGUAUGAGGAAGCCAAAGAGAAGCAAGAAGAUAUCAUGAACAGGAUGAAGAAAGUACUGCGGAAUUUCCACUCUCGUCUUCCUGUUCUAUCAGACAGUGAAAGGUACAUGAGGAAAGAAUUGCAGACCAUACAUGACCAGCUGCAGCACCUCAGCAAUGCCAUCAGACAGGUGAAAAUGAAAAAGGAAUACCAGCAGCAGAAGAUGGAGAAGGGCACCAGCCCCCGAAAACCCAGCAUCACCCUCAGUGCCUACCAGAGCAAGUGCAUCCAAACUGUCCUGAAAGAAGAGGGAGAACUCAUAAGGGACAUGGUAAAACAGAUCAACGAGAUCAGAACCCGUUUGAACUUCUGA